GGCCUUAUCAGUCCCGUCAGCCUUCGAGGCACAGUAAACUUGUUCUCUAGCGCUAUCUGAACUAGCCCCUAGAUCUCGGACGGUCCGAAGUCCAUAUUCUAGUGUGUCUGCAUGACUAACUGAAGCUGAACAAUGGCGGACUAUGUGGAACUUACCAAGGAAACAAUUAUUAUGUUACUUUCUUUAAUUUACUACUGGUUGAAGGCGAUAGUGUUGACAUUUGUGCCCACCAGUCUGCAAGCGAAGAACAUCUCUGGCGAGACCGUGUUGAUAACUGGAGCAGGAAGUGGUAUUGGGCGAUUGAUGUCGGUGAGAUUUGCAGAGUUAGGGUGUCGUUUGGUAUUGUGGGAUAUUGAUACCAAAGGAAACGAGGAAACAGCUCGCCAGUGUAAGAGUUUGGGAGCCUCGACUAGAACGUACACUGUGGAUCUCUGUAAACGGGACGACAUCUACAGGGUAGCAAGCCAGGUGAAACAAGAUAUCGGUGAUGUUGACAUCUUAGUAAACAAUGCAGGAAUGGUCACUGGUAAGAAAUUCCUCGAGAUAUCUGACAACAUGAUCCAGAAAACAUUUGAGGUCAACACGCUAGCUCAUUUUUGGACUUGUAAAGCAUUUCUACCUGGGAUGAUUGAGCGUAACCAUGGACACCUUGUGAACAUUGCCAGUUCUGCAGGACUACUCGGAGUAAAUGGUCUCUGCGACUACUGUGCCAGUAAAUUUGGAGCUGUUGGCUUUGAUGAGUCACUCAGGUUUGAAAUGGAAAUGCAGGGAAAAGAUGGCGUCCAUACCACAGUUGUGUGUCCUUUUUACAUCUCCACUGGAAUGUUUGAAGGGUGCAAGACAAGGGUGCCAUGGUUACUGCCGAUUCUUGAACCCGACUUUGCAGCCAAUAGGAUUGUAGAUGCCAUCCUCUGUAACCAGAAAAUGAUUAUACUCCCACGGGCCCUGUACUUCUUCAUGGCACUGAAAGGAAUUAUUCCAACAAAAGUGCUGUCAAUUUUAUGUCUGUACUUUGGUGCUUCCAACUCCAUGGAUGAAUUCAGAGGUCGGAGCGAGAAGCAGGAAUAGUGAAGAAUCAAAUUGAGGCGUUGGCAAUGAAAUCCAGAUAUGAACAGAUGAUACUAAGGAACUUUGAAGUAGUCCGAAGCUAAGUCCUACUGAAGUUCAGCUGUAUCAUCUAUAAAAUGAGAUUGUGAUCUGGCCGAGAGACAUGGGACCUGAAGAGGGAGAUAUUCACGGACAUGAGCUGAUAUUGAUGAUUUUGAUAGGUAAUUUCAUAGGUGGUCAAACAAUUUUGUUAAACUGGUUCAUUACAUACUAUGUAGCAGUGUUGUAAAGCUAUAUUUAGUAUUAUAUAAUCUGUUCUGGAAGAUGAAAGUAUUUAUGAGUUGUGUUGUGAUACAGAAGUGUCAUGUUGUACACUGUGUCCAUGGUAUAUGUUUAAUUCAGUAAUAAUUGUGUGGUGCUGUCUGCAGUUGUUAGGAAUUUCAUUUUCAUUGGUUAAUUUUUAUUACUAUUUUUCUUGUUUAAAUAACAGGGUUAUUUACAUAGCAACGUUAUCUGUAUGAUUUAGAUCAAAAUAAAAUCAAAACCUUUGAGAAAUUAAACAAAAAUUUUAAUUCAAAUUUUACUACACACCAAUAUCAAUUAUGUAAGUACCAGGUACUCGUGUCUCUAAGUCUCAAUCAGUAGGUCGGUAUUUACUUCUGUAAGCCAAUGAUAUAAAGCCUGUUAGUGCCAAAUGAUUUAGUAAACAGUUUUCUGUCCUAAUAUUGACUUGGAAUUGUCCCUUCAUGUGUACAGAAAGUUUACUGGCCAGUUUACCGUUUUGGUUACUCUGAAGAUUUAAUGAUGGAGUUGAUGUAUGUUGAUUACUCAGGUAUGAUUAUUAUCCUCACACAUGUAGGUCAGUAAAAUAAGAUUAUUGUGUUUCACAUUCAUUUUUUAA